CAGGGGCGGACUGACCAUUUGGAAACUCGGGCACUGCCCGAGGGCCUGGGGUCAGUAGGGGGCCCCAUGAGAUGCCCAUGGUACCUUUUUCAUAGGCUUUUUUGAGUUUGGGCAAGGACACAAGGGCCCCAUGAUCCCCUAUUGCCCGGGGGCCCCAUGAGUUGUCAGUCCACCCCUGCUUUCCGAUCAUUGCUGCCUCAUCAGUGCCAGCUCAUCAGUGCUACCUAUCAGUGCCCAUCAGUGCUGCCUAUCAGUGCCCAU